AUGGAUUCAGAUGCAAAAUCAAGAAAUGAUGCACCAAUCAUCAAACUUAGUAUCGAUCUCAUAAAAACAUAUAAACAUAUAAACCAGGUUUACUACACUGCCAAAGCAAAAAAAAAGCAACAAGCUCAACAACAAGCUCAACAACAAGCACAACAAUUACAGCAACAAGCACAACAACAACAACAUCAACUACAACAACAGCAACAGCUACUACAACAACAACAACAACAACAACAACAACAACAACAACAACAACAACAACAACAACAACAACAACAACAACAACAACAACAACAACAACAAUACCAGCAACAACAUAAUAAUAAUAUUAAUAAUAAUAAUAAUAACAGUAAUAUUAAUAAUAAAAAUAACAACAACAACAACACCAACUUCAACACUAGCAACAAUAAUAACAACACCAAUAAUAAUAGUAAUAAUAAUAGUAAUAAUAAUAAUAGUAAUAAUAAUAAUAAUAAUAAUAAUAUUAAUAAUAUUAAUAAUAUUAAUAUUAAUAAUAAAAAUAAUAAUAAUAAUAAUAAUAACAAUAAUAAUAUAAAUAAUAUAAAUAAUAAUAAUAAUAAAAACAACAAUAAUAAUAAUAAUAAUAAUAAUAAUGAUGAUAAUAAUAAUAUAAAUAAUAACAAUAGUAAUAAUAAUAAUAAUAAUAAUAAUAAUAAUAAUAAUAAUAAUAAUAAUAAUAAUAAUAAUAAUAAUAAUAAUAAUAGUAAUAAUAACAAUAAUAAUAAUAAUUUAAAUAAUAACAACAGCAAUAAUAAUUAUAAUAAUAAUACAACCACAACAUCUUCAUCAAAUAAUAAUAAUAACAAUAAGCAAAGUAAAUAUAAUGAUGGAUAUGAUGAUGAAAAUGCAGAUUAUAUAGUUAGGAUUGGUGAAGUGUUUGUAGAUAGAUUUGAAAUUAUAUCAAGUUUGGGUAAAGGUUCAUUUGGUCAAGUAGUAAAAGCGUUCGAUAGCGUAUUAAAGGAAUAUGUUGCUAUUAAAAUCAUUAAAAAUAAAGUACCCUUUUAUAAUCAAGCCUUAAUUGAAAUUAGAUUACUCGAAUUAAUGAAUAAUAAAGAUCCAGAAGAUCAAUACAAAAUUAUAAAAUUAAAACAUCAUUUCAAAUUUAGAAAUCAUCUUUGUAUAGUAACCGAAUUAUUAUCAUAUAAUCUUUAUGACCUAUUAAGAAACACUCAUUUCCAUGGUGUUUCAUUAAAUUUAAUUAAAAAAUUUGCACAUCAAAUACUGACUGCUUUAUUUUUUAUGUCAACCCCCGAGGUUGAUGUUAUUCAUUGUGAUUUAAAACCAGAGAAUAUAUUAUUAAGAAAUCCAAAAAGAAGUGCAAUUAAAAUCAUUGAUUUUGGAAGUUCAUGUCAUUCAAAUGAAAGAAUGUAUAAAUACAUACAGAGUAGAUUUUAUAGAUCACCAGAGAUCCUAUUGGAAUUAGAAUAUUCAUUUUCAAUUGAUAUGUGGUCAUUGGGAUGUAUAUUAGUGGAGAUGCAUGUUGGUGAACCAUUAUUCAGUGGUCAAAAUGAACAAGAUCAAUUAACCAAAAUCAUAGAGGUAUUGGACCUACCACCAUCUCAUAUGAUUGAUUCAAGUCCUAAAGCAAAGAAAUUCUUUACCAAGGAUCCAAUUAAUUCGACAUAUCAAUUGAAAAAGAAUGAAAAAUUGAAAACAAAUGUUGAAUUUUGUAAAAAGAAACUAUCAGAAAUUAUAGGUGUUGAAACAGGAGGCCCACAAAGUAGAAGGAAAAAUGAACCAGGUCAUGCGCUAGUGGAUUAUUUAAAAUUUUUAGAUUUAAUUGAAAAGAUGUUAAUUUAUGAUCCUCAAAAAAGAAUUACACCUUUGGAAGCUUUACAACAUUCUUUCUUUUUAACUGAUGAAACAUCACAACCACCACAACAACAAUCACAACAACAAUCACAACAACAAUCACAACAACAAUCACAACAACAAUCACAACAACAAUCACAACAACGACGACAGUCAAAUACCGACAAUAAUUUUUCAAAUAAUAACCCAAUAAAUAAUUAUAAUUCACCAUCCUCAAAGUCACCGCAUCAACAACUACAACAACAACAACAACAACAACAACAACAACAACAACAACAACAACAACAACAACAACAACAACAACAACAACAACAACAAACAUAUUCACCAACAACACAACAAUCAAACCAUAAAUUGGUUGACCAAAUGAAAAAAGCAUCAAUGAAGGAUAAAUCACCUCAUUCCAAUAUCUCAAACAUUUUAAAUGACUCUGAGGAAGAUAAUAGUAAAGUUCAUAUUAAUAGUAAUACUAGCGAUAACAUGCAAGCAAGAAUUAAUUUUCAAGUAGAAAACCAAAGUAAUAUUUAUAAUAAUAAUAAUAAUAAUAACAACAAUAACAACAAUAACAACAAUAAUAAUAAUAGUAAUAAUUAUAACAAUAGUAAUGAACUAUCGCCAAAUCCACCUAUUUUACCAAAUUUAAAGGAUCUUUUACCUCAUAAUAAUAAUAAUAUUUGA